AUGCCAGUCUCCCGCACCCGCGAAGCCAUGGAGGCCCCCCAUGCUCGCGUAACUCCUACUAGACAAACCAAGAGGAAGCGCGAAGAAGCGGAUACAGGCAGCCCGGAAGUAAAAAGGCCCAAAAUAAGCGAAGAAUCCGACAUGGAGAUCAUCCGCGCGACAAAGAAGGAAGAUGACUGGUGCGAAACUCAUCAGAAGCUCUACGACCAUCUCAAGGAUCGCCGCGCGAAAAUGGCGGAAAACACCUCUAUCGACAAGAAGAUCGCCACCCCGAGCGAGACGUUAAACCACAGCAGCGCCGUUAUACAGAAACCCGGGCGUUCUCCCCAGGAAUGUCUUGAAGUGGUGCUUUGCCGCCUGGAAGCUGUGCUGGAGCGGCAUUACUGCCUUCAUCUCGAAAGUACCUCUAGAGGUAUGCAAGCUUCAAUAACCUCAACCAAGUCUUCCAACACAAAGUCAUCUCUCAAUAACGAUUACACCUUGAGGAUUAAAUCCAUCGAGAGCAUUUUGGAACUUAACAGGGUGAAGGUGGACGACAGCCUUCCGACCAAGCAACCCAGGACGAGGCAAGUGGCGCGCAAGAGUCUUGGGCCUAGAAAUAACGGUUCCAACAGCUCCUGGCCAACCUUCAACGCCAAGAGUCUUGCAUCAAAGCCGAAGCUGAACUCAGAACCGAAGCCAGAACCGAAGCCAGAACCGAAGCCAGAACCGUAG